AUGCACUUUGAUAGAAAACCAGUGAUAGUGAAGCCUUGGUCAGCUGAUUUGGAUACUCUUAAGGCUGUGAAAACUGUCCCUGUUUGGAUUAGAUUGCAAGGACUGGGUUUGCAAUAUUGGGGUACGAAAUGCUUAAGUGCUCUUGUGAGCACAAUAGGAAACCCACUUCUGGUAGACAAAGUUACUAAGGAAAGGUCGAUGAUGCAAUUUGCUAGAGUGUUAGUUGAAAUUGAGAUCGCUGAGGCUCUCCCUAAAUCUAUUCAGUUCCUUAAUGAGAAAGGGCAAUUAAUGGAACAGCUGCUGGAGUUUGAGUGGCUCCCGACUCAGUGCAGUGGGUGCAAGGUGUUUGGUCAUACAGUUAGUAUGUGUAAAAGGAAGCCGACUGAGGUUUGGAGGCAGAAAGGCCAUACUGGAAUAGUUGAGACUAAACAAGGUAACACGGAACAACAGCCAGUUUCGGAAGAAAAGAAUGUUACUAGUGGAGAAAAGGUUGCUGUCACGAAGGAUUUAGAUGAUAAGGAUUUAGAUGCAGGUCAGGGGAUAUCUCAGUCUCAGGCUCAAGUUAGGAAUGCAGAUCACACUGAUGUUGCUCCUGAUAGAAAUGUUAAUGUGACAGACAAGCUGGAAUGGAGUGCUCCUAAAAGAGGAGGUGGUCUUAAGAAGGUUAAUAGGAAGAUUCAGAGCAACCUGAGAAACUCUUAUGGUGUUUUGCAGGAUAAGAUUGGUCUUGGAGCUUUUUUGGAGACCAAACUUUAUGGUGAUAAAAUUAGGAAAAUGAUGAGUGCUUCUUUUAAAGGGUGGAACUACUACUCGGGUACUAAUUUGGAGGGUCGUAUUCUGGUUUUGUGGCUGCCUCAGGUGGUGACUAUUGAGAUCCUAAUGGAGAGUGACCAAUUUGUUCACAUAUAUGUUAAAGGGAUUAAUUCAAGUAAAAUAUUCUGUGUUACUUUUGUUUAUGGAAGGAACACCAUAAAGGGUAGAUUUCCUCUAUGGAGUGAUCUUGCUGGGUUAAGUUUCCCUGUUAAACCUUGGAGGGCUUUGGGGUUAGUUGAUGAGCUGCGUUCCAUAGGGUCUCAUUUUACUUGGACUAACAAUCAAGAAAAUGAUAAUAGAAUCUACUCUAAACUGGAUAGAGUGUUUAAAAACGAAGAAUGGCUGGAUUUGUUCCCUCAAGCUGAAGCUUUGUUUAAUUGGGACCUUCUUUCUGAUCAUUGCUACUGCAUCAUCAAAAUGGGAGCUGCUAUUAACAGUGGUCUUAAGCCUUUUAGAUUUUUUAAUAUGUGGACUGAGCAUAGGAGUUUUAAAGACACUGUUUUACAGAGCUGGAAUAAGCCUAUUAAAGGAAGAGGGCUGGUGCGUAUUGUCAGAAAAUUGAGUAGACUUAAGGUUGUUCUAAGCAAGUUCAAUAAACUCGUUGUGGGUGAUGUGGCUAUGCAUUACAAUCUGGCGAAGGAGAAGUUUCAAAAUGCUCAAGGAUUGCUUCAAAGAAAUCCCCACUCGACUGAGUUGCAAAGGGAGGAAGCUCUGGAUGGUGCGUGUCUUGCUUAUCAUUCUAAAGCUUAUGACAGCUUUUUGAGACAAAAAAGCAAGAUUGAUUGGCUGCGAUAUGGGGAUGAUAACACGGCUUAUUUUCAUGCGUGUUUAAAGCAAAGGAGAGCCAAUAAUUGCAUUACUUCAGGGGUUUUGGAUUCAGGUGAAUUAAUUGAGAAAUUUGAAGAUGUUGUGACACAUUUUGUUCACCAUUUUCAGAAAAUUAUGGGCAGUAGUAGUAAUGCUUCAGUUCCUGUUCAGUCCUCUUGUUUCAGGCUUGGUCAUUGUUUAUCCCUGGAGCAGCAAGUUAAGCUUGUUAGACCGUUCACAAAGAAGGAAGUGAAGGAUGCCUUAUUUAGCAUAAGCUCUAUAAAAAGUCCGGGGCCGGAUGGGUUCGGUUCUCUUUUUUUUAAAGCUAUGUGGGGCAGCUUAGAAGCUGAAAUUUCAGAGGCUGCUUUCGAAUUCUUUGAGAGUGGUGUUUUGCCAGAGGAAGUUAAUAAUGCUACCAUUUGCUUGGUUCCUAAAGUUGAGACACCAACUAAGGCAAUAGAUUUUAGGCCUAUAGCUUGUUGCAAUGCUAUAUACAAGUGUAUUUCAAAAAUUCUCUCUGGGAGGUUGGCCACUGUUUUGCCUAGUUUAGUCCAUCAAAACCAAGGAGCUUUUGUCAAAAAUAGAUUGUUGGCGCAUAAUAUCCUUCUUCUUCAGGAUAUUAUAAAGGGUUAUAAUAGGAAAAAUGCUUCCCCUAGAUGUGUGAUGAAAAUCGACUUGAGUAAAGCUUAUGACAUGCUUGAUUGGGAUUUUAUGGAGACCAUUCUUUCCAAGUAUUGUUUUCCUAGCAAGUUUAUUAAGUGGAUUAUGGCGUGUUUGAAGGAUCCUUCCUAUUUGAUUCUUAUGAACGGUAGAAUCCAAGGGGAGUUUAGAGGCAAAAAAGGUCUUAGACAAGGGGACCCAUUGUCUCCGUUGUUGUCUGUUUUAGCUAUGGAGUACUGUACUAGGCUGUUAAGUCAAGCUUCUUUGGAUAAGAGGUUCAGAUUCCACCCGAAAUGCAAAUCUCUUAAGCUAGUCAAUCUGUGUUUUGCUGAUGAUCUGGUCAUUUUUUGUAAGGGAGUUUCUAAUUCUGUUCAGAUUUUGAGGGAUAGUUUCACUGAAUUCUGUAUGGCUUCGGGUUUGUCUGCUAAUUUACAGAAAUCGCAGGUGUUUUUUGGGGGUUUGGAUGAUAGAGAGACUCAACAAUUGCUAGGGAAGAUUCAGUUCACUGAAGGGAAGUUUCCUCUCAAAUACUUAGGGGUUCCUCUUCGAACAACUAAGCGGAGGGCUGGAGAUUGUGCUAUCAUAAUUACUAAGAUUCAGCAAAAGCUUCAUACUUGGGCCAGUCGUCAUCUCUCAUUUGCAGGGAGGGCUCAACUGGUUAAUACAGUGCUUUUGAGCUUGAGAUCGUUUUGGAUGAGCAUUUUUAUGCUCCCUAAGAGUGUUACUAAGGAGACAGAUCGUUUAUGUAGAAAUUUUCUUUGGGGAGUUAAGGAAGGCAAUGUUAACCGUAGUAAAUUACACUUCACUACUUGGAGUCAAGUUUGUCUUCCGAAGUGUAUGGGUGGUCUUGGCUUUAAGGAGGGCAGUUCUUGGAACACUGUUCUCCUAGCUAAGUUUGUUUGGGCUGUUUCUAGUAAGCAAGACAUUCUUUGGGUAAAAUGGGUGGACUCAAUCUAUCUAAAGGGUCAAGAUUUCUGGUCUUAUUCUAUUCCUCAAGAUGUUAGUUGGUAUUGGAGGAGACUAGUGAAAUUGAGGUCAGUCUUCUCUGAUAUCAGCUUAGCUGCGGCUAUGAAGGGUGACAAACUCUGUUUGAAGGUGAUGUAUUACAGUUUACUUAACAGGAAAAGAGUUGAAUUCGCUGAUGUGGUUUGGUGCUCUAUGGCAGUCCCGAAGCAUAGAUUCAUCCUGUGGCAAGCUUCUCUCGGCCAUCUUCUUACUCGGGAUAAGUUGCAUCAGUGUAACUUGGAGCUGCCUUCUUUACUGUGUCCUGCUUGUGAAUUGGAGCAGGAAUCUCAUGCCCACUUGUUUUUUGCUUGUCCCUUUUCUCAACAACUCAGGGCUCAUUUGUUGGAUUGGUUGGGUAGGGAUAUCUGGCCGAUUACUUAUGCUAAUUGGUGUACCUGGAUGUGUGGGAAGCUGAAAAGUCUGAAGCAUCAGGUGUUGGCUGCUGCAUUGGCAGCUGCUGUGUACAUGGUUUGGAGAAAUAGGAACCUCUGUGUGUUUGAGUUGAGAUCUUUGGCUAUUGGUCUUGUAAUUCAGUUGAUUAAGUCCAGUAUUAGAUCUAGACUAGCCAGGUUGCCUAAGCUGAAAGUUAGGACCUGUGAGGUGGCGUUCUUAGAGGCUAUUACUCAGAUGUAA